AUGAGUGGCAGGGGUAGCAGAGGUGCUGGGCGCAAGUCCACCAACCCGCUGGCAGCCAAGGCGAGCUCCCGCUCGUCAAAGGCAACGUCGUCGUCACGCCGCUCAAGAAAGACGGAGGAGGGGCGCGGGGACGAGGACCGGCGCAGCAGGCGCAGCCGCACACACCGCGACGCAGAGGGCGAGGCAGCCGAGGAGGAGCGCAGCAACGGCAGGCACAAGGAGCGCCGCCAUCGCGAGCGCAGUGGGCGGGACAGAGGGGACAGGGAACACAAGCGGUCCUCACGAUCCCGCGAUCAUCGCGGAGAUCGGGAAGCGGAUGAUGGUGACGAUGAGGACCGUCGUCGCGAACGCCGCAAGCACAAGUCCGCGUCGUCCUCGUCGAAGCAUCGCGACAGCGGUGACAGACGGGACAGAGACAGGGACAAGGACCGUGAACGACGCCGGAGGAAAGACCGUGAGGGCGGUCAUGGCGGUGACGAGGACGACAGCGAGCGUCGCAGGCGACGGCGCGACAAGGAGAGAAGGCAUCGUGAUCGCGCUGGGGCGGAAGACCACGAGGAGCGCGACGACGGUGAACGGCGUCGGCGUCACCGCAGCCGGGAUGCCCGCGACGAUGCCAACCGACGGAGUCGACACGACAGCGCGCACUCGUCGUCUCGGCAUCACCGCUCCCGGUCCGGGCGUCUGCGGGCAGAGGGGCCCACCAAGGAGGGGCGCGGUGGCAGCAGCCGCGUCAGCUCCGCUGUGCACGGGGAGGAGGAUGCGCGGGAGGCGCGAGCACGUCGCCCGUCCAACUCCGCACACGCCGGCGACACAGCAACAGCGCAGCGUCUCCAGCAGCAGCAGCAGCAGCAGCAGCAGCACGAUACGGAAGAGGAGGGUCAUAGUGGCGACAGUGGCGGUGACAGCGAUGGCCGGGAUGAGCGCGUGGCGAUGGAGUCGAGUCGUGGCGCUGCCGAGAUGGUGAAGGCCGCCCAGGCGAUCAGCAGGGAAGAGCAGGCAAAACAGGCGCGAGAGGCACGUCUCCGAGCAAUGCUGGAGGAGGCAGAGCAGGACGCAGCACAGCAGCAGGGAGACACAACAUCAGCAGGGCAGGACGAACAGGGGGCAGAUGGUGAUGGCAAAGGUGAUGGUGGCGGUGAUGAUGGUGGUGAUGAUGAGUACAACUACGAGGAUGAUGAGUUUGAGGACUAUGAAUACGACGACGACUUUGAAGACGAGGAUGAUGAGGAUGAUGAAGAGGAAGGUGAAGAAGAAGAAGAGGAAGGCGAACAAGGCGGCAGCGACAAAGGGUGGGAUGCUGUGAACCGGUCACGCAGGGUGCGGGACUCAGACUCUGAUCUGCGCUCGCUGGAUGGUGCUGCUGCCCCAAACGACAGCAACACGCGUCUGUACAGUCCCGGGCAGCCGCGGCUUAGCGGUGACGACGACGAGAUGGUCGAGGUGCUGGAUGCGUUGCGACGAGAGAACUUGCGAACACGCCAGGGCGCUCGAGGAUCACGCAGGCCCAUCAACGGGAGUGGUUUGGAAGGCACAUCGGGUGCCGGGAAAUUUGAACUGGGCAGUGCUGCUGGCGACAAUGACGACUAUGAGGGCGAAGAUGUGCGGGUGAAGAAGAUGGAUUUCAGCCGAGCAGCAAAGCGCGCAAAGGGCACGGUGGCCGGAUCACGGGCCAUGCGACGGUUCAAGGCGUUGUCAUCCAUGGUGCAACUGGACUUUGUAUCGUUCAACCUAUUUGAGCUCGCGCCCGUAUCCGUGUAUGAGCUUUACAUCCGCAGCUUUGGCAACGACAGCUACACGCAGACGGCUACACAGUGCGCGCCCGAAAUUGGUGACCAGGGCGUGCAGACGGAAGAAGUGGAAACGCAGGAGUGCUGGACCCAAUAUCCACCGAGCGAUUUGAAGGGGUUUGGCCGUCCGCUCACAAAGGAAGAGCAACAAGAGAGCAAACACGCCCUCAAACGCGAAACAACAACUUCAGAAUACGAGUCGUUUGUGCUGCGCAUGGGACGCCUGUGCGCGGCUGUGCUGGACGAGGAAGCGGCGAUUCGCCGGCUGGAGCAGGGCGAUGGCGCCGAUGCAACCAGCGUGUCGGGCCUCUCCUCCUCCUCAACACACAUGGCUGCUGCUGCCCCCAUCUUCGCAGGUGCCGUGCACGAACGCGUGUGUGUAUGUGAUUGUGUGUGUGUGUAUGAGCGGCGUGCCAUUACUUGUGACGCUCUCUGCAGGCGUGCCAAUACUUGUGACGCUCUCUGCAGGCGUGCCAUUACUUGUGACGCUCUCUGCAGGCGUGCCAAUACUUGUGACGCUCUCUGCAGGCGUGCCAAUACUUGUGACGCUCUCUGCAGGCGUGCCAAUACUUGUGACGCUCUCUGCAGGCGUGCCAUUACUUGUGACGCUCUCUGCAGGCGUGCCAUUACUUGUGACGCUCUCUGCAGGCGUGAUCGUUUCAGUCGUAUCAACAUUGCGAGCCCCUUGCCAUGUGCUGAUGUGAAUGCUUCCGUUUCAACAACAGGGCGACACGUCACCAGCGCCGUUAGCAGUGCAUCGAAUCCGCAAAUGCUUGCCACCGUCUACAGUCCCGCGCCCAUCAAACGCGGCGGUCCCGCCACGCGCAUGUAUUCACUUGGUCUCGUCGCUCUCUGGGACGUCGCGUCACCCUCCGCUCCACGACGCGUCCUCGCGUGCGAGGGCCAGCCCACGUCCUGCUGCUUUGCCGGGCACGACGGAAACUUGCUCGUCGCAGGAACACAGCACGGUGGCGUGGUUGUGUGGGAUUUGACGGACACAAACGCGCAAGUGUCUACGGAUGCAACGCAGCCGCUGUUUCUGCCUGCGUUUACGUCGGAUGGAGCGUCUGAUGGACCCGUGCACGAGGACAGUGUAAUCGCUGUCCUUCCAAUUGCAUCUGCAACAGGCACGGGCGCAAUGCAAGUCGUCACUGCCGACUCUUCCGGUCGCAUUAUCACGUGGACAUCGGCGCUCGUCUCAAAUCCGUCAAACUCGGGAUCGCUCGACGACCUUGGCCUCCGCCCCGGUGCAUCUGUGAAGAUGAACAAAAGCGCAGUCCUCGACGCAUUUAACGAGCAUGAUGAUCUCGUUGCCACGUGUCUCGUUGUUCAUCCGCUCAAACCGGGACACCUCUUCGUCGGAACAAACAGCGCAUGCAUCGUACACUGCACCCGCCACGGCCGCAAACCCGCGCCGCGCAGACUGCAACUUGGAGCGUCACUCCCGGGCACAUGCACGGAUCUCGCCAUCUCGCCAGCAGACAACGACCACCUCCUCUCCGCGUUUGAUUCCGGAUACGUGUGCAUUCACAAACUGCGAUCAGGCCUGCCGAUGCGGCGCUGGUCUGUGGAGGCGCCGCCAAAUUCAAUUUUCUGGUCAAACGCGCGUGCUGCCGUAUUUUACGUGCUGUGCGGAUCAACACUCCACAUCUGGGAUUGCUAA